AGUCGUCUCAAGCUAAUCCCAUCCGGAAGAGUUGCGCUAUUCCUCCUCCCCCACGUCUCCUCGUAUUUAAUAACCACCGAUCCUCUCUCUCUCGCCUUCGUUCACGACUCCAGAUUUGUGCUCAAACCUACUUUCAUCACGAGCUUCAAACUUCUAGCGAGAGAGUCUCUUCUUGUUGAAGCCUUUCGAGACCGAGAAGAUGGAACAGAGGAGCAGCAACAACGACGGCAGCGGCAACGGGAACAGGGACGGCAUCGCGGAGGAGAAGAACAAGAUGAUUCACGACGUGGGAUUCCCAGUUCACAGCCAGGUGAGGAAGAUCAAGCAGGAAUCGGACGCGACGGCCGUGGACUGGUCGACGGUCCAGCCGGAGAUGAGGCCUGUUCUCAGAGCCAGGGAGAUCAUCAAGCAGCAGCGCUCGCGGUCGCCGCUGGGUCUGGCGGCCGGACGACCCAUCUCCAUUGGAGACCCUUGAUCCUCAUCCGGGUCUACGUGUGAUCCCAGUAAUGAUAUUAUACUUGUGGACGAUGACGAUAACGAUGGCGGCGGAGCUUUUUUUAUUUGUUGGUGGCAAUAUUUUGGUAAUUGCCUUGUAAAAAUACAGAGUUUGCUCUGUUUUAUUGCUCCCCUGUUUUUUGACCUCUCUGUACAUACCACGACGGAAUAUAGCGCACAGCGUGCUCUUCUUA